UAGCUAAAUAUGCCACGUGUGUGUUGCUGUAUGGGCGUUACCUAGUGCCUAGUGAAUAAGCAUGGAUGCUUUCUUCCAGCCUGGAGGGCGAGCCAAAAGUAAAGGAGCAGACAAGAACGUAGGAGGAAGUAAGAACUCGGCUCAGCAAGGUCCCGUCGAGAAGAGGAAAGUCCCCUGGGUAGAGAAAUAUCGUCCCAAAGUUGUUGACGAUGUUGUGCAUCAGGAUGAAGUCGUGAGUGUAUUGAAAAAGACAUUAACUGGGUCUGAUUUUCCAAAUCUUCUCUUUUACGGCCCACCUGGUACUGGGAAAACGUCAGCCAUUUUAGCAAUAGCCCACGAACUCUUUGGUAGAGAUUUGUAUAAAUCACGUAUACUGGAAUUAAAUGCAUCAGAUGAUAGAGGAAUACAGGUUAUCAGAGAUAAAGUAAAGUCUUUCGCCCGACACUCCGCCUCUGCCAGUCGACCAGACGGUAAACCAUGUCCCAGUUUCAAGAUAGUCAUACUGGACGAGGCAGACUCCAUGACGCAAGCGGCUCAAGCUGCUUUAAGAAGGACAAUGGAAAAGGAGUCCACUUCAACAAGAUUCUGUCUCAUUUGUAAUUACAUCAGUCGUAUCAUUGAGCCACUGACCUCACGUUGCUCAAAGUUUCGCUUCAAACCUCUCUCCUCGGCCAUUUUACGAACCAGACUGGAAUAUAUCUGUAGAGAAGAGAAUGUGAAAUGUAAUGAGAAGGCCAUAGAUAGGAUAAUAGAAACAUCUGAUGGAGAUAUGAGAAAGGCUAUAACAUUUCUUCAAAGUGGCUACAGACUUAAAGGAGACGAGGAAGUCACUGAAAAGGACAUAAUGGAAAUUGCAGGAGUAGUGCCACAAUCACUCAUUGAAGGAUUACUCAAGACCUGCUCGUCAAACUCGUACGAUCAACUGGAAACUGCAGUAAAGAAUUUUGUCGCAGAAGGUUUUCCAGCUGUACAGAUUAUGAAUCAAUUGAAUGAUGUCAUUAUUACUCAUUGUGAAUUGAACGACUUACAAAAGUCAGCAAUAUGUGAACAGAUGGCGGUUGUGGAUAGGAGAUUAUCUGAUGGAGCAGACGAAUAUCUCCAGCUCCUUGACAUUUCCAGUUUCAUAAUGACACAAUUCUGUCAAGCAACUUAACAUUAGCACAUCAAUACUAGUGAUCAUUAUUAUUCCUACAUGUACUCUAAGUAUAUAAAUACUAAGAUCAAGCACAAUACAAUAUAUUAUGAUUCAUUGACUUAUUAAAAUU